ACCUUACCAAAUUUCUUCCUUCCCUCAACCCGCUUUCUAGCCUCUUUGAGCAUCGUUUGGCACUGUAUUUUUGUUCUCUAUUUUAAAAAGAUCGGAAGUAUUCUUGAGGAAAGUAUAACGCUUACAGUCCAACAUCUCACCCAAAUUCAUUCAACCUAAACCCAGAGUUCUCUCUUUAUCUGCCUUCGUCACACAUGUCUGGUAAAAUGUCCGAUACUUUGCUGGCUUUGUAAGAAAUUCGAGUACCCUUUUCCUUUUCCUGCUUGCUUGGCCAUGCAAGUUCAGAGCACUUUCCAUUUUCAUUGAUCGAGCUCGGUUUUGGGUUAAGACGCGGAGAAAGAGACAGCGCGAUGAAGAACAAUGAAGAUCAAGCGAGGUCCUUGUUUGGGAUUUCUUUAUCUGAUCGACCAAUAUGGCAGCAAUUCCUCAUUUGCUCAUCUGGGUUCUUCUUCGGUUACCUUGUCAAUGGCAUUUGCGAGGAGUAUGUGUAUAAUAGGCUUCAGUUCAGCUAUGGGUGGUAUUUUACCUUCAUACAAGGCUUUGUGUACUUAGCACUCAUACGCUUACAAGGUUUCACCACGAAGCUAAUGGUGAACCCCUGGUCAACCUAUGUAAAGCUCUCUGCUGUUCUUAUGGGUUCUCAUGGAUUAACAAAGGGUUCCCUUGCUUAUCUUAACUAUCCAGCACAGAUCAUUUUCAAAUCAACUAAGGUACCUAAUUAUACCAUUUUGAUUUCAAUAUCUGUUUUUUAUCGGGAAAACAGAACAUCAUUUUUUAGUUUUUUGGGAAAGUAUAAUUCAAUUACUGAUGCUUCAUAUAUGUACUAUGAUAUUUCUCAGUAUUCCUCAAAAAUGUUAUGGUACUUUCUGAUAUUCCUUGAUUUUUUUGUUUGUCUCUCUAAGAUUCUAGAAAAUCACAGGAAUUUUUAUAGAAAAUAUAAAAAAAUAUAAGGAUACUUUCAUCAUUUUUUACACUGCCUGUUAUAUUGAGUGACUGCUGGGAGUAUAGAAAUAUCAGGAUAUUUUCAUCAUACUUCAGCUCUUUUAUUUUCCUGUUGGCAAAUUAAUAUGCUCUGUUCCAUAGUUGGUUAGAAAAUCUCUCUCGGUUCCUAUUGAAUUUGUUGUCAUGGGGUAUAGGUACUUCCUGUGAUGAUAAUGGGUGCCUUUAUUCCUGGAUUAAGAAGAAAAUACCCUCUCCAAGAAUACAUCUCUGCAUUGCUCCUUGUUGUUGGCCUGAUUCUUUUCACUCUAGCAGAUGCCAACACUUCUCCUAAUUUUAGUAUGAUCGGCGUCAUGAUGAUUAGUGGUGCUCUAGUGAUGGAUUCUUUUCUGGGUAAUUUGCAAGAAGCUAUUUUUACCCUGAAUCCUGAAACUACUCAGAUGGAGAUGCUUUUCUGCUCAACUAUAGUCGGGGCACCUUUCCUACUCGUGCCCAUGAUAUUAACCGGAGAGGUUUUCAAGGCCUGGAAAUCUUGUUAUCAGCACCCUUAUGUAUACGGCGUCUUGGUUUUUGAAGCAAUGGCAACCUUUGUAGGUCAAAUUUCUGUCCUAUCAUUGAUAGCUAUUUUUGGUGCUGCCACAACUGCAAUGGUAACAACUGCAAGAAAGGCAGUUACUUUGCUGUUGUCUUACUUGAUAUUUACAAAGCCGCUAACAGAGCAACAUUGCUCGGGAUUGCUGCUUAUAUGCAUGGGAAUUCUGUUGAAGCUUUUGCCUGAAACUAAACCUUCAGUUCGACCUAUGUCAUCUGAUGCCCCAAAGAAGCAAAUUAAAUAUCAUCUCAAAGAGUUUAAGAGAGUAUCAGAAAAAGGAGAAGAUGAAAUAGAAGAAGACAAGAGGCCUCUAGUCUAAGCUUUGAAGCUCUCUCUAGUUCUGGGUAUAAAAUGGUUUUUUAAGAAUUUGAAUUUUGGAUUCUAAUAAAUUCAGUUUCUCCUUGUACAAUAACACCGGGCUUGCAAUCUUGGGCAAUCUUUAUUUAUUUAUUUUUUAUUUAUUUAUUUUGGUAUUAUCAUUGUGCGAUAUCUUGUGUUUGAUUAGUCAAGUAG